AUGCUCAGCAGCGGCAUUGCCAGGUCAUUGAGGGCUUCUGCCCGUCGCCCUGCUACUCUGCAGCGCGCCUUCCAGCCCAUCAAGCCUUCGUUCGCUCCCGCCUUGAGCCAGCGCUUCGCCAGCACUCAGUCCAACACCGAUGGCAGAAUUCACCAGGUCAUUGGUGCCGUCGUCGACGGUAUGAGAAAACCUUUUCCCCACGACGCCGAGCACAAGCGCCACUGCCGCCGCGCCCAUUGUCGCCGACCGCACUUCGACGGUGAGCAGCUGCCUGCCAUUCUCAACGCCGUCACCACCGAGAACGGUGGCCAGAAGCUCGUCCUCGAGGUCGCCAACGUCGUCCGCUGCAUUGCCAUGGACGGUACCGAGGGUCUCGUCCGUGGCCGCAAGGUCGUCGACACUGGUGCCCCCAUCAAGAUUCCCGUCGGUCCCGGCUGUCUCGGUCGCAUCAUGAACGUCACUGGUGACCCCAUUGACGAGCGUGGUCCCAUCAAGGCCAACAAGCUCGCCCCCAUCCACGCCGAGGCCCCCGAGUUCGUUGACCAGUCCACCUCUGCCGAGAUUCUUGUCACUGGUAUCAAGGUCGUCGACCUUCUCGCCCCCUACGCCCGUGGUGGUAAGAUUGGUCUUUUCGGUGGUGCCGGUGUCGGCAAGACUGUCUUCAUUCAGGAGCUCAUUAACAACAUCGCCAAGGCUCACGGUGGUUACUCCGUCUUCACUGGUGUCGGUGAGCGUACUCGUGAGGGUAACGACUUGUACCACGAAAUGCAGGAGACUGGUGUCAUUCAGCUCGACGGCGAGUCCAAGGUCGCUCUCGUCUUCGGUCAGAUGAACGAGCCCCCAGGUGCCCGUGCCCGUGUCGCCCUUACUGGUCUUACCAUCGCCGAGUACUUCCGUGACGAGGAGGGUCAGGAUGGUGAGUUUGCCUGGAUUAUCUGCUUUAAUUCGAGCGUGGCUAACUUGCUCUCCNNAGUGCUUCUCUUCAUUGACAACAUUUUCCGUUUCACCCAGGCCGGUUCCGAGGUGUCUGCCCUUCUUGGUCGUAUUCCCUCUGCCGUCGGUUACCAGCCCACCCUCGCCGUCGACAUGGGUGGUAUGCAAGAGCGUAUUACCACCACCCAGAAGGGUUCCAUUACCUCGGUCCAGGCUGUCUACGUCCCCGCUGAUGACUUGACUGACCCUGCCCCCGCCACCACCUUCGCCCAUUUGGACGCCACCACUGUCUUGUCCCGUGGUAUCUCUGAGUUGGGUAUCUACCCCGCUGUUGACCCUCUGGAUUCCAAGUCUCGUAUGCUCGACCCCCGUAUCGUCGGUCAGGAUCACUACGACACCGCCUCCAAGGUCCAGCAGAUGCUCCAGGAGUACAAGUCGCUCCAGGACAUCAUCGCCAUUCUUGGUAUGGACGAGUUGUCUGAGGCUGACAAGCUUACCGUCGAGCGUGCCCGUAAGCUCCAGCGUUUCCUGUCGCAACCCUUCACCGUUGCCCAGGUCUUCACUGGUAUCGAGGGUACCCUCGUCGACCUUAAGGACACCAUCAAGUCCUUCAAGGCCAUCAUGAACGGCGAGGCCGAUGACCUCCCCGAAGGUGCUUUCUACAUGGUCGGUAACCUCGACAGUGCCCGUGCAAAGGGUGAGAAAAUUCUCGCUGAAUUGGAGGGCAAAUAG